AUGUCAGACGUGCUUAGUAAUGAUGCACGGAAUCUUUACGCUAAAAUGCGUGAAUUUCCAAGUUCAAAAUUAUUUGGACAAGAAGAAAUUGAAACAGCCCUGGGAGUUAAUAAAAAAUCCGUUUAUAUGGAUCUUUUACAAGAAUUAAUUGAUCAUAAAUUUAUUAAAGUUAGUAGAACAGGAGAUGAAUUAAAAUUUCAAGCUGUUGCUGAAGAAGAAGCUAAAAAAGUUUCAUCUAUGACAGAUGAUGAAGCUAUGAUUUAUUCAUAUAUUGAAAAUUCUGGACGUGAAGGUAUUUGGACUAAAACUAUUAAAGCUAAAACUAAUUUACAUCAACAUAUAGUUCAAAAAUGUUUGAAAAGUUUAGAAAAUAAUCGAUAUAUUAAAAGUAUUAAAUCAGUUAAACAUCCAACUAGAAAAAUUUAUAUGUUGUAUAAUUUACAACCAAGUAUUGAUGUUACUGGUGGUCCAUGGUUUACUGAUUCUGAAUUAGAUACUGAAUUUAUUGAUACUUUAGUUGAAGUUUGUUGGAGAUUUAUUGUUGCCAAAACUAUUUAUAUUCAAAAUCCAGAAUCUGAAGAUUAUGAUUCUUCUUCAAAUCCAUUACAAACUUCUCAUCAUAAUCAUCAUCGUGGUGUUGAUUUGGACCAAAUUGUUGAUUAUAUCAAUAGUAGUAAUAUAACAAGUGUGGAAUUGGGUAUAAAUGAUAUUAGAUCUUUAUGUGAUGUAUUGAUUUAUGAUGAUAGAAUUGAAGAAGUUGGUGGUAAUCAAGAAAAUAGUGGGAUUUUUAGAGCUACUUGGCAAAGUAUUAUUGAUAAAGGAAAUACUGUAUUUCAAAAUAAUUAUCAAACUAUUUCUGAAGCUGUUGAUAAAGAAUGUUUGGACUAUUUACAAUCUAAUCAAUCAAAUUUCAGUAUUUUCCAAUAUAAAUCAACUAUUCAAGAUUUACAAGAUUCAGAAGAUUUGGUUUACUUGGAUAGUUGGAUGAAUGAAUAA